AAAUAUUGGGUCUAGAGUCAAUGGUAGCAUUCGUGGAAUGUUGAUUGUCCUGUCACACGAUAGGGUCACGUGCUUUUACGAAGAUCCUGAGUCAUCAGAAUCACCCCGCCAAAAUCUUUGACCCCUCCAAAAUCUCGGGCUCAAAUUGGGGCAACGAGACCUACUUCUACCAGACGCUUCCCACUCCGUUCCUGCAUAGACGAAGACUAGAUCGCAAACGAGACUUAUAGACGCAUACGAACGAGACAAAGCUACAUCACACGAUUGUUACAGCGAACACUCUACCCGACAAACCUUCCCCUCCUCCAACCCCGCCAUCAUGAGCUUCGACGCUGAGAGCGCGGCUCCAGUGCUCGCCACAGCCGACUUCAAGACUCUCGGUCCCUUGGCCGCUGAUCUUGACAAGCACCUCACUCUCCGAACCUAUCUUGGAGGUUACACCCUGAGCGAGGCCGACGAGAAGGUCUGGACUGCUCUCCGCACCAACAAGGUCGCCAUUGGCCUCGUCCGAAAGGGCGCCUACGCCAACAUCACCCGAUGGUUCAAGUUCAUCGAGGAUGCUCACCCUGAGCUGAAAGAAAAACUCAACUCUGGCAAGGAGAAGCGCGUUGGUGGUGCCAACUACAACAUUGGCCUCCAGAACACCGAGAAUGGUGUCGUCACCCGUUUCCCUCCCGAGCCCAGUGGUUACCUUCACAUCGGUCACGCCAAGGCCGCUCUCCUCAACGAUUACUUCGCCAAGACUGCCCCCGAUGGCAAUGGCAAGCUCCUCGUCCGAUUCGACGACACAAACCCCUCCAAGGAGAAGCAGGAGUUCGAGGACUCUAUUCUCCACGAUCUCGAGUUGAUGGACAUUAAGUACGUCUCCGUCACUCACACCAGCGACUACUUCAAGGAGCUCUACGAGAUUGCCGAGCAGAUGAUUCUCGACGGCAACGCAUACGCCGAUGACACCGACCCCGAGGUCCAGAAGGAUGAUCGCAAGAACCGUCUUGCCAGCAAGCGACGUGAUCGUCCUGCUGAGGAGAGUUUGGCCAUGUUCAGAGAGAUGAAGAACGGCACCGACCUGGGCCGAAAACACUGCAUUCGCGCUCGCAUUGCCUUCGACUCAAGCAACGGCUCCAUGCGAGACCCCGUAAUCUACCGAUUCCCCAACUGGAAGGGCGCCGAGCCUGCUCCUCACCACCGAACCGGCUGGGACUGGAACAUCUACCCUACCUACGAUUUCGCCUGCCCCGUCGUCGACAGUCUCGAGGGUGUCACCCACGCGCUCCGAACGACCGAGUAUGCCGACCGUAACGAGCAAUACCACUGGUUCAUCGACAAUCUCAAGCUCCGCAAGGUCAACCUCUGGGAGUUUGCCCGUAUCAACUUUAUCCGAACAUUCCUUUCCAAGCGAAAGCUUACCAAGGUUGUCGACACCGGUCGUGUCAGCGGCUGGGACGAUCCUCGCCUGCCUACCGUCCGCGGUAUCCUCCGUCGUGGUUUGACCGUUCCCGCUCUCCGUGAGUUCAUGUUGAAGCAGGGACCUAGCCGAAAUAUCGUCACCAUGGACUGGACAACUAUCUGGGCUAUCAACAAGCGAAUGCUCGACCCUGUUGUGCCCCGAUACAUGGCCAUUGAGGAGAAGGACGCCGUUACUGUCACCGUGACUGGCGGUCCUGAGAAGUCAUACAAGGAGGAUAGACCCAAGCACGUCAAGAACCCCGACGUCGGUACCAAGCAGGUCACAUUUGGACCCAAGCUUCUCCUCGACCAAGCCGAUGUUGCUGAAUUUGCCGACAAUGAGGAGAUCACCCUGAUGAGCUGGGGUAACGCCAUUGUUCGCGGUCUCGACAAGUCCGCCUCACCCAUCAAGGACCUCAACCUCGAGCUGCAUCUCGCCGGCGACUUCAAGACCACCAGCAAGAAGGUCCACUGGCUAGCGGCCGACCCCGAGAACCUUGUCAAGGCUGAGCUCUGGGACUUUGGCUACCUCAUCACCAAGGACACACUAGAGAAGGAUGACAACCUUGACGACUACUUGGCCGAUGUCACCGCCUGGAAGGUCGAUGCGCUGGUCGACGCUAGCAUCGCCGGCCUCAAGGAGAACGACUUUAUCCAGCUCGAGCGCAAGGGAUACUACCGUGUGGACAAGCCUCUUGGCCAAGGACCCGACGGCCGAGCUGUCCUGUUCAAGGUCCCCACAGGUGGCCAGAAGGGUUAAGCGAAAAGAAAAAUAGAGGCGGGGAGGAUGAAGUCUUGUGAUUUGACGACGGACAUGUAGUUAUGAAAGACAAAGUACCGUAGUAGAAAUGCGAAAAAGAGAAAAAGAUCCGGACUAUCAUGAAUUCCCUUGCACAUCAG